AUGGCCACCCCAACCGCAACCUGGCGCAACCUAACCGCCGCCGACAUCCCCAGCCUCAUGCGCGUAGCAGACGUCGUCCACCCCGGCCUCCCAGAAAGCGCCGAGGUCUUCGCCGAGCGCGCAACGCUUUUCCCCGAGGGCUGCCUGGCCCUCGUCAACAACCAAGACCAGCUCUGCGGCUACGCGAUCUCGCAUCCGAUCAGGAACCAGCAACCUCCGGCACUGGAUUCCUUGCUAGGCGAGAUCCCACCCGACGCAGACCGGUAUUAUAUCCACGAUGUUGCGAUCUUGCCGGAGUAUCGGGGGGGCGGGCUUGCGGCGACGGCAAUCAGGCGGCUUUUGGAUCUUGCUGUCGCGAAGGGAUUGAGGGGGACUUGUCUGGUGGCGGUUUAUGGUACGGAGGGGUUUUGGGCGAGGUUUGGGUUUGCGAUUGAGGAGGUUGGGGAGAAUCUUAGAAAGAAGUUGAGGGGGUAUGGGGAUGAUGCUGUUUAUUUGUCACGGGUGAAUGAUAUACAUGCUUAA